CACUUCACCACCAUCCAGUUCCGGUUCCACUUAGCAUCACAGGCAAGCACAUUAGCUGCAACGACGACGGCGGGAAGUUGUCAUCUUCGAUUCCCCACCGAUUCUGCGCUGAUAACACACCAAAUCGGCAACAAUCGGGAUUCAACUAAAAGACAAAACAGAUGGAUUUGUAACUGGAAAGAGGCCAACCGUACUUGAAAAGAUCGGCGUCGCGGUAUUUAGCCAACAUGGCUAACAUGGGGAGCCAGGCCAUGAACAAGCCUGCGUCCGGAAAACAUGGCAACGUACUGCCCCUGUGGGGCAACGAAAAGACUAUGAACCUCAACCCGAUGAUUCUUACCAAUGUCCUGUCCUCGCCGUAUUUCAAAGUUCAGCUUUAUGAGCUUAAGACGUACCACGAAGUUGUGGAUGAAAUCUAUUUCAAGGUGACUCACGUUGAGCCAUGGGAGAAAGGAAGUAGAAAGACUGCAGGUCAGACUGGAAUGUGCGGAGGGGUUCGUGGAGUUGGCACGGGUGGCAUCGUGUCAACCGCCUUCUGUCUACUAUACAAACUGUUUACGCUCAAGUUGACGCGCAAACAGCUGAUGGGCCUCAUCACACACACGGACUCUCCCUACAUCCGAGCACUUGGCUUCAUGUACAUACGAUACACACAACCCCCAGCCGAUUUAAUAGACUGGUAUGACGACUUCAUGGAUGAUGAGGAGGUAUGUCAUGCCUGGUGUGCAACCAGGCCUCCUUUGCUUUUCUGCAUUCUACCUAAUUAUGCCCAUUGUGCUGCAGGUGAAUUGGAUAGUGUAUCUCAGCACUGUUGGUUUGCGUGUGAGCUGGACGUGAAGGCGGGCGGAGGCUGCGUGAUGACGGUCGGCGAGAUGCUGCGCUCCUUCCUCACCAAACUGGAGUGGUUCUCUACUCUGUUCCCUCGCAUCCCGGUGCCUGUGCAGAAGAGCAUCGACCAGCAGAUGAAGAGCAGGCCCCGGAAGGUGCCUCAGAAGGAGCCCCAGGAGGAAGAAGAGGCCUUUGACGAACCGGGGCGGCAAGGGGAACGUCGUCGUUCCAGGAGCCCCAGGCGGACACCAACCCCCAGACGCUCUCCAAAGCGGUCGAGGAGCAGGAGUCACCACCGGGAGCGAGACCGCCACGGCCCCAGCUACGACCGCGAGCUGGAAAGGGAGCGGGAACGCCAGAGGAAGGAGAGGGAUGCCAGGGAGCGGGAUAGGGAAAGGGCAGAGAGGGAGAGGAAACGAUCCCGCAGCGUGGAACGAAACCACCAAGAGCGACGCGAGCGGCGAAGAAGCCGCAGCGGCAGCCGGGACAAAAGGAGCGAGCGCAAGGAGAAGGAGCGCGACGGAGGCGACGACAGGAGCAAGAGGAAGGAACGAGACCACCACAGGGAGCGACCCGCCGAGAGGGACAGGUCCAGGGAGAGGAAGAGCAAAGGGGAAAAUGACGAAAAGAGGCACAAAGAGGACAGGGAGAGGCACAGGGAAGAGCGCAAGGCCAAGAGGUCGAGCCGGAGUCGCAGCCGGGAGAGGCGGCACAAGAGCGGCGGCGGCGAGGAGAAGAGCAGGAAAAGCGACAGCAGUCACAGUAGAGAGAAAGAACGAGACGGAGAGCAACGCCCGCACAAACGCAGUCGCAGCCGAGAGAGGAGCCAUCACCCGAGAGAGACCAGCAACGACCACAGCAAACACGGCGACAGACGAAGGAGUCCCAGUGUUGAGUAAUGUCACGUUUUUUUUUUUUUUCUUCUAUCCACUUCUUGUCUCAGACUGAAUGCCACCUGGAAUCGUCGUUUGGUUUUUGACCUUUUCACGUCCUAGUAAGCUAUCAGCAUUUUUAAUUUUGUACGGUUCAUUGUUUUGACCCCUGGAAAAUGUUUUUUUUUUUUGUAUAUAAUGUUUCAAAGACACACCAGGCAGGAGUUGCAUUCUUUCAUGUGGCGGCAACAGUCAGGCCUAGCCUACAUGCUACAAUGUUUGUCCUCAUACCUUGAUUUCUGUUGAAAAAGAAAAUGUCACUUAUACAUCAAUGAUCUUUGAGAAGGAGAUAAGCGAUUCUGUUCCUGAUUCUGUAGACCUCCUGAGAAUGUUGUAAUCCCCUCAAGUAGAGUCCGCAAAGGGUUCAGCUGAGACCCCUGCUUGUCAUGUGUCUGGGUUGUUGCUCUCUUGCAUUUUGUUUUCUAAUAAAACACUUUUAUGAAUGA